AUGCACCACCAAGAAGAUGAAGACGACUCGGUUUUUCUCACUCUCGGCCCUCCCGGACAGCCGGUCCACGACCACGUCUUCUACCAGCAACAGUCCUCCUCAUCCACCCAGCCUCACCAUAAAAACCCUAAUUAUAACGCAAAUCAUGAGGAUGGUGUCACAGUAGCCCUUCACAUAGGGCAGCCCUUGAGCACUUCCGGACCUUCAAACAACAACAACAAUACCAUUGUUCACAUCGAAGCUCCAAUGGAAGGCCAGUACUGGAUCCCUUCUCCUGCUCAAAUUCUCGUCGGCCCGACUCAGUUCUCCUGCCCCGUCUGCGGCAAAACCUUCAACAGAUACAACAACAUGCAGAUGCAUAUGUGGGGGCACGGCUCACAGUACCGGAAGGGACCGGAAUCGUUGAGGGGAACGAAGCCAUCUUCAUCCAUACUCCGUCUACCAUGUUACUGCUGCGCCGAGGGCUGCAGGAACAACAUAGACCACCCUAGGUCACGGCCGCUGAAAGACUUCAGGACUCUGCAGACACAUUACAAAAGGAAGCACGGCACGAAGCCAUUCGGUUGCCGGAAAUGCGGCAAGCUGUUUGCCGUGAGAGGAGACUGGAGGACGCACGAGAAGAACUGCGGCAAGCUCUGGUUCUGCAUCUGCGGCUCGGAUUUCAAGCACAAAAGGUCACUCAAGGACCACGUGAGGAGUUUUGGGGACGGUCACGCCCAGUACGCUGUGGAGCUUUGCGCUGAGGCUGAAAAUGAUGAAGAAGAAGAUCUGGAGGACGAGGAUGAUCAUGACGAAAGUAGGGACACUAAUGGAGGAGGUCGGCAUCAUGGACUUGGGUCUGUUUAUUUUAAUUAUUAG